AUGGUCGAGCGCGACGUUUACAUGCGCCAAGGGUUCGAUCCCAACUCGCUCAAGGUCGCACAGCUUCGAGGCAUAUUGGUGGAACACGAGAUUCCGUUCAGCAGUGUGGCACGCAAAGCCGAGCUUGUCGAUCUCUUCAACAGCCAAGUGCUGCCAAAGGCAGCUUCUCUCCGCAAAAAGGAUGCUUCCAUCGUGGCCAGCUCCAGUGGCAUCAUCGACAUGCGUGAUCGUCGCAGCGACACCGAGGUUACUCCCGAGCAGACUCCCGCCAAGCGCAAACCAGGUCGACCCAGCACGAGCGAAGCUCCGAUGCCCUCUAGCACACCCGCAAAGUCUUCGACCGCCUCUACUCCUGCAGCAAAAGCGGCACGUACGCCCGCCCGCAAGAAGUCCUCUCUCGCCAAUCAGCUUGCUACAGCGGCCGACAGCGAUGCCGAGCCGGAAGAGGAGGAGCUCAAGCAGGAGCAAGUAAUUGUCGAAAUCCCCGCCAAACGCCGACGAGGCCGUCCUCGCAAGUCAGCGCCAGCUAGCGUUGCAGCUGCUGUCGAGGCAUCUGAGCCUGAAGAUGACACUCGUUCCGCUCAACGCAUCUCGUUUGGUCGCACAGAAUCUCCUCCACCCUCAACGUCCCGCAAAGCGAAGCGUCUCAGCUACGGUGGGAAGAGCGAUGAGGAUGGCACCUUCUCCGACAGCAACCCUUUCCAGUCAGGAAGCGAGGCAUCUCCUGCACCUGGUGUCGCUGCGACCGUUGCUGCUUCCGCACGCAAGGCCAGGCGCAAGACAACCGAUGCUACCACCACAUUGCGCAAGAAGACUUCCGGUCAGUCGCUGAAAUCCGACUCGCCGCCAAAAAAGUCGACCAAACAGCAACAAUCCAGCAGCCCGAGCGUCAUCAGUACCCUCCGCAACUACAUGGACCAAGCCGUUGCAGCCGGAACUCCUCCUCGCAUCGUUGGACGUUUGACCGGCACGACGUCUGCCAACUCGGCUGGUGAGCACGCCGCUGAUGAUGAGGCCACCGCUCGUCGUGGGAAGCAUGUCUCAACUGAUGUCGGUGCGAAAGCCGACGAGGAGGACUUCGACCUUGACGCGUUCACCUCUCCUUCCGCACUCGCCAAGAUGCGUAUUCUCCGGCGUCAAAAAGACAAGCAGCAACGUCGAGAACAGCGCGGCAGAAAGUCUCUGGCUAGCUACCUUGCCAAUUCUUUCUACACGCUUGCCAUCAUUGGCGUGCUUUCAUGGCUUGUCUGGUACGCUCGCGAAACCCGCGCACUCGGGUUCUGUGACAUCAACUCGGACACCAACGCCAUCGUCGAAGACCGUCGACUUACCGCACUUGCCUUCGCUCAAGCAUCCAACGAGACAGUCGAAGAUACCACGAUUCUCCCGGCUCGCUUCCAGCCCACAUGCACGCCCUGCCCUGCUCACGCCGAAUGUGCGCAUGGCAAAGUCCUCGGCUGUUCGUCUCAUGACUGGGUUCUCCAACCCAACCUUUGCUCGCACAUUCCUUUGGCUCGAUUCUUCCUCCCCCUUAGCACCACAGCUCCCCGCUGCUACCCGGACACCCAAAAGCUUGUUCUUGCAUCCGAACUCGCACAAGCCAUCUCGCACAUGCUCUCCGAGUUCAAAGGCGAAAUCGUCUGCGGUACUCAAAAGACCCAUGCUACUGUUCGGGCUUUGCCCAACAAGGUCGUACUCGAGAACGGCAAUUUGGCCUACGCCAUUGCAGAAGAGGCAGUCAAACGAUCCAUGUCGGCAACACGCGAUGCCAGGGUGGACGAGGACUACUUUGAACAGAUCUGGUACAUGGCGUUGUUCGAACUGACCGAUCCUAGAAGUAACAUCGUCCGCAUCCCCAUUUCUUCCUCCCCGGUCACCUCUAAUGGAGAAGAACAAGUCGACACCUCAUACUAUCUCGCGGCCAAAGAGCCAGCACUUUCGCUCUCGUGUCGAUCCCGUCUGGCUCUGAAAGGUUGGGUCCUCCGAGCUCGCCUGUACUUCUUCCUCCUUCUCUCAGCCAUCUCCGGCGUCCUCUAUCUGCGCCAUCGUCUCUCAGCUUCUCGUGCAGAAAACGCCAAAGUAGCUCUCCUAGUCAGUGCAGCACUAGAACGACUACAAGAACAGGAGUAUCAACACGCAGUCGACCCAGUCCUCUACCCUGAUGAUUUCGUUCCCCUCUCUCAUCUCCGCGAUCAUAUUCUCAGCGAAGAACACAAUGGCAAGACAAGAAACAGGCUUUGGAAAAAAGUAGCAAAGGUGGUAGAGGAGAACAGCAACGUCAGAACAAGACAAGCACAGAAGAAAGGCGAGUGGCUAAGAGUCUGGCAAUGGGUCGGUGUUGAAGGGUAUAAAGGUACUCCCAGUCGACGUGAAUCGGGGUUGGUAGGAUCAGGAAUUGGAUUGCCUGUCGCUUGA